CGCUUUCGCAGAAGGGUCACGCUUUUCCCCCCAAUCCUCCACUAACUUUCUUCCUCCUGGACCAGUGUCGAGGAAACGAUUGCUCGUAACCCUAACCCUAAUUGAAGGAAGAAGCUACUUCUGUUCUACGGAGGGGCGAUGGGUUUAUCUGGCGGUUUCGUAGCCCGAGUCCUGGCGCUGGCUGCGGUGAUGCUGACGCUGCUUUCGCCAUCGACUUCGUCCAACUCCGAGGGCGACGCGCUGUACACCCUACGAAAGAGCCUCAACGAUCCGGAUAACGUGCUGAUGAGCUGGGAUCCGACGCUUGUCAACCCCUGCACUUGGUUUCAUAUUACCUGCAAUCAGGACAAUCGGGUCACAAGAGUGGACCUGGGGAAUUCAAACUUAUCUGGCCACCUUGUAUCUGAUAUUGCAAAACUUGAACAUUUGCAAUACCUAGAAUUGUAUAAAAAUAACAUUCAUGGAACCAUCCCUGCAGAGCUUGGCAACUUAAAGAGCCUUAUAAGUUUAGACUUAUACAACAACAACAUCUCAGGGACUAUUCCUGCGCAGUUGGGGAAACUAAAAUCUCUAGUAUUCCUGCGGCUUAAUGACAACAAACUAAAUGGUAGAAUCCCAAGAGAGCUAACUGCAAUAUCCAGCCUCAAAGUUUUAGACGUCUCAAACAAUGAUCUUUGUGGCACCAUUCCUACUAUUGGACCUUUUGAACGCAUCCCCUUGAACAACUUUGAGAACAACCCCCGUUUGGAAGGCCCAGAAUUGUUGGGGCUUGCCUCCUAUGAUACAAACUGCUAAGAAGGUGAUAUUACAAAUUGGCUAAAGGCCAUCAUUAUACUAAGUAUUGUUCGAAUUCUAUAUCGUAUAAUGUAAAUGCGUUUUACGUUUCUUCAACUUUGUACUGAGUAGCUGAACAAUGUGUGGGCUCGUUCUCAUGCUUUGGUGCCUGAAUAAGUAGCAGAAUCAACUCUUUUUAAUUC